CGGCCGCAGCUCCUGCCGCCGCCGCUCCCCGCCAUGGGCUGCUCCAGCAGCGCCCGCAGCCGCCCCCCGGACCCGCCGACUGCCGCCGGGCCGCCGCCGCGGGCAUCAUCAGGUGAAAACACCCCCACUGCAGACGAUCACGAAACCAUAGCUGACCAAACACAGUUGGACCCAGUGGAGGAUGUGAGUCUUGCCUCUGAGGAGGCAAACCCAGGCAAGCAUCUGCCAGGAGAGGAGGCCGCAGCCGUGAUUCUGGCCGUAGAGGGAAAGAUCGAUUCGGUCAGUAAAAGAGAGGAACCGGAGGGCACCGAGCCCCUGCCUGCAGGAGUGGAGGAGAGCUCUGAGCUGCCAUCUGCUUGGAGAGAGGAGAGCAAUGGGCCUUCACCUCCAGCACCGGGAGAAGAUGUGUCUUCACCUCCAGCACCAGGAGAAGAUGCUGGGUCACCAUCACCAGGACCAGCAGAGGACAGUGGGCUGGUAGAGGGCAGUGACAGCUCUGUAGUGGAAAUCAUCAAGAAAGUACAUAUUACUGAAGAGGACCACCUCAUUGAGGGUGAGACGGGAGAACAGGUGGAAACUGAGCUGCUGAGUGAGAUAGUAAGUGGAGGGCCUGAAACAAAAGAAGAAGAAACAGGAGAAGCUGUGGAUGGUGCAGCAGCGACAGAGAUAGAGACAGCUAAUAACAAGGAAUAGAAGUUAUGUCGCUAUGAACAUCCUCUUCUUGGGCCUGCUCUUCUGUCCACAUGAACAUUUUUAAAUUUUAUUGGGUUGGGAAAAUAGAAAAGCUUUUAUGAAUUGAGCCACAAGCAACAGAAAUGAAUAAGAGGCAUCAGAAAAAGUUUUAUAUAAUAUCUGUUUUUUGAAAUCAAGCUGCCAAGACUUGAAGUGAUUGAAAUACCUGAACUUUCACCUCCCUGCCACGGUGUGUCUUCUGUACAUAACUAACCUUUGAAACUUUCAACCAGCAUUAUAUAUGAUAAAGGAGAUAGUGUUGCUUUUUUCUUUUUUGAUGGUAGUAUGCAGGCAAUUUCUCCAAGUGCCUGGACUACCAAUGUAUGGAGCUGCUGAAAUGUAUAGCACGCGGAAGACUGGAAGAUGAAAGUGCCCAAUUCCUGGGAUGUAACUAAAUGCAGAGGUUAGGUUUUUUUUCUGAAAAUGGAAGAUAUAGAGGGUGCAGUGUCCAGGACCCAAGUGGGGGACUGCUGCUCACUCUCCUUUUUUAAACACAAAUUUUUUGCAAGGCUAGUAGCACCGUCUAGGUGAUGACUCCUGCAAAAAUAGGGAGAAGAGGGCAUUUUUAACUAUGACUAGGGUGUUUUAGUCUUAUAAAUUCUAGUACACAAAAUACAAAGCUAACUGCACAGCUGUUAACAUUCAUGGUGAUUAAUAACAUGUCUUUAGCUGUGUAGCUCCUCAUAGGCAUUUGUGGCUUCUAAAAUUGAUUUCUAACCAGAGACAUAUCUAAGCCUGUUCCCAAAGGAGAGGUCAUCUAUUUUGUUUCCUGUAGUGCUGUCCUUCAGAAGAAGUAUGCUAUCAGGGACUGGCUUGGUUAUUUUCCAAAAUGCUAAAUAAUCAUUUUGGAACUGAAGCUGAAUCACAAUGCUUUCAAACAAAUUUCCUGUGAAAACGGGCCCUGAAUAUAAUUGAUGUUACACACCUGAUAGAGAGUAGAGGUUUGUUCUGAUGGUGAAUGUUGCAAAGGGACUAUAUGUUAUCAUUAAGAACUGUGUUUACAGGAUUCUCUGGCAUAAGGAGGUAGAAUAAGGAGAAAAGGUCAGUUAUCUAAAAAGGGCAAGCAUGUGUUGCUAUUUUAUUAGCUUUAUUGUACAAAAGGACUUCACAAAGGCUGUCAAUAGCAAAUUAUACAAAUCCCCUCUAGGAGCUAAAUUUUGUGCUGCAUGUGCACAUCUGAGCCCAGCUGACUUCAGUUUGUAUCAAAUAAUCUAAUUGAUAUCCCUGGCCUGUCAGCCUUUUCUGUAAACUGAUAUUCCUUGGCUGUAUCACUAAAUCUGAGGUUUUCUGCUUAUCGGCACACUUAUGAAUUUGUCAGCUUCAUUUAUUGUCAACUUUCUGUAGGUAAUACCAUAAACUUUUAGAAUAAAAAUGCAUACUUUCAGGGUUUUUUUAGGAUUUUUUUUGGUAGGUGGAUGUCGCAGAGUUUUAUUUUUUAUUUUUACUAGCCUUCUAUAAUAGAGAAGUUAAAACAAGCAGCUAGUUCUCAUGAAAAUCUAUUGACAUUAAAGUGGGAAUAAAAAAUUCAUAAGUAGUCAAACUUUAUGCCCACGUGCCCAAAUCAUCCCAUGACAAAAAGCCAUGAGAAACGUACCAUGCACUUGGGAGAGCUGAAGGAGUUGGGGAACAGGCACUGAGCAGGAGGAGGACUCCCCAGGAUGAUACAGGACUAGGCUGGGUGUACAACCAGGAUCCAGGACACCCCAGGAACUUCCACCAUCAGCUCCUUCUGGUGGCUGGUUUCCUCCUGUCAGCUGGGAAUUCGGUUCAGCCACCAGCACCUGUGCCAGCGUGGUCCUGCUCCCAAACAUGGGAGAUAAAAUCUGCAGAGCAGCCGUGCUGGCUACUUGCAAGCUGUGUUUUAGAUCAUGACUUGCGGGUUGACCAGUUACAUUGAACAAUUUAAAACCAUAAAUCAAGAGGAAUUCUGUGACAGAGACCCAUAGCAUUAAUAGCAACAGAGGACACUGCACUUGGAAAUAAAUUAUGAAUAUACAAGGGAGUCAAAAUAAACUGCUCACCUCAGAGUCACUCUUCCUGCCACUGCUGUUACAAGGAAGACAGGUGGCAAUAUACGUCCUUUCCUUACUGUUCAACUUUUUCAGGUGAUUAAGCAAUGCUAAUUGGAAACAAGAAAAGUAUAAUCCAGUCAAUGACUCAACAAUAUCAGCCAUUCUCAGUUAUCUUCAGUCUUCACAUAUUCUGUGAUUACAACAAUGAAAGCUAUUUUUCCUUUUCCUUUCUAAAAGAUGAAAUAUGCUUGACACUGUGCUAAACAUGAAAUGUUAAUCACUUAAAUUACCAUAAAAUCGGAAUUUGGCUGCUAGAGGUAUGCUGAACAUCCCUACCUCGAGAAAUCCACUAGGAUUCUCAUGUUCCCGUACUAUGUACUAUGCAUAAAGGGCCAAAAUAGGUGCAGUUCUUUGCCUCUGCAAACCUGGGACAUCACAGAGAUUGCCAAGGGCAGAAAUUGUUCUGUGGAUCAAAGAGCUUUCUCUUUUAAAGGCUGAGAAAAGGGUAUGCUCCAGUGUCUGUGUUUACAAGAUAAAUCUCCAAAGACAAGGCAACUCACUGUAAUAUUUUUUUUUAAACAUAAUCAAGAUACAAAACAAUCUUCAGAAAUGUUUAUGAAAAACUAGACAAUUUGGGGGCCCUUAACUUUAUCCCAGGUGGAGGUUAUCAUUCCAUGCCACAGGAAGUAUUGGGCAGGACACAAAGAAUAAACUUCCAAGCUAACAAGAAAGUUCUGGUAGGAAUUUUGUUUCGAUUCCCAAUAAACACAGCCCUGGAAGAGGUUAAAUUUGCACCCCGUUGGCUCUUUGCAGACACACACACAGGUUGUGUUAGGAUCCCAGAAGAUAGUUGGUGUUCUGGCUGGCAGGGGUUGGCUCUUUCACUCAGUGAAGAACUGCUUUCAGGUAGAAACUGCAGCAGGAGCAAGGUGCUUGUAGCAGAAGUUUCAAGCGGUUUAAGUCUGGCUAUGUGUUUUAACAGAGAAAGUUUUAUUAAAAUUAUGUACUGAGCUUUAUUUUUGCAUUGUUUAAUCUAUAGAGAAUAUAAUAUUUUUAAAAAAAACCAAAACAUUAUUACAAAGAAACCUGGUAGAAUAUGCAAAUUUAAGUAUUGCUUUACUUUCACAGAAACAGAGAAGCUGUUUUGUUGUUUUCUUGAGUUACAUGUGACUAAAACAAAUUUUAAAUGGUGAAAUUAGUUUGUCAGAAGCUGAAUUGCAACUUCAUAUUUUGCAUGCUAGAGGCUGAGUCCAGCAAAGAAAAAAAAAAGAAAGCUAAGUUCAACUUAGCUCUAGUUAAAACAGGAUUUCUUAAAUGUCUGUGUACUUUGCUGUACUGAGACCUAAGGGAUAUCCACAAUACUUGCUUUUCAUAUUGGAGAAUUACGGGGCUUUGACUUCUUGUCUUAAAGAAUAGAAUCAAAUAAUAUAACUCUGCUUAAAAAAUAAAAGUUUUAAACAUCUCUAUGGAAGGCUGAUUGUUUAUGUUGAGAACU